UAUUGGGGACAAGAUUCGUAUGGCGCUACAAACCCCGAUGAUGUUGCCAAUUUCCAAAAGCCUUUAGGCUUCUAUUGCACAUCGGAUAGUGUUACAGAUACCUUCCCAGUUGCUUUCCUCACAGAGGCUUUCGGUGAGGGCGGUCUUCCAUCGAUUGAUCUUGCGAAUACCUGUAAUGUUAACGAUAAUGCUACAUUUCCGGGAACACAGCUUCCAGAUUGCUCGGCCCUCGCACCCGAUAUCGAGGCUUGCCAAGCUGCGGGUAAGAUCGUUACGCUAAGUAUCGGUGGUGCAACUGGUGCAAUCACUCUUAGCUCAGAUUCCGAGGCUGAAGAGUUCGCAGACACGAUUUGGAACAUCUUCCUUGGUGGCUCGAACUCGACUCGACCUUUUGGCGAGGCAGUCCUUGAUGGUAUUGACCUUGAUAUUGAAGGUGGAGGGUCAACUGGAUACGCAGCAUUCGUUUCACGUAUCCGCUCGCAUGCACAGGGCGCGAGUAAGCAGUACUACAUCACUGCCGCUCCACAAUGCCCUUUCCCCGAUGCCAAUCUGGGUGCUGUCAUCAGUGCGGUUGGCUUUGAUGCAGUUUAUGUCCAAUUCUACAACAAUUUUUGUGGAUUACAGAACUUCGAUGAUCCCAAUGCAUGGAAUUUCGCACAAUGGGACGACUGGGCACAUAAUACGUCCCCAAAUCCAAACGUGAAAGUAUAUAUCGGUGCACCAGCUUCAAGCACCGCCGCAGGCUCAGGUUACGUCGAUGCAGCGACGCUAGCAAAUAUAAUCCAGACCACGCAAUCGCAGUUCUCGAGCUUCGGAGGCGUCAUGAUGUGGGAUGCUAGUCAAGCCUACGCGAAUUCUAGGUACGACAUAGCGGCGAAAAGUGCCUUGACAGGAGGAUCCGUUACUGCAUCUCCAUCCAGCUCAUCAUCUGUUGCUAGUACCUCUACUACUAUUAGCAGCAGCUCUGAAGUGACCUACAAUGGUCAUUUAUGGACUGCGAAAUGGUGGUCCGAGGCAGAUAUCCCUGGCGGUACGUAA